AAAAUUUUGGUAUAAUCCAGGGUUUCUUUAGAUUGCAUAAUCUGAGAGUUUCUUGAUGGGAGCUUUUCUCAGCCUUGCUAGUCCCAAGUUUAGAACAAGUGAUUUCGGUGAGACCUCAAAGAAUGAAAGCUGCAAGAAGCAAAAAAUGUCACCAGACUUUACCCAGUAUGGCCCACGACUGAUUCCUAGUCUUCCUGAUGAGUUGUCAAUCCAAAUUCUUGCUCGGGUCCCUAGAAUUUGCUAUUUCAACAUGAAAUUGGUGUGCCGAAAGUGGAAGGAAACAAUUAUGAACCCUGAACUGUUUAAAGUGAGAAAAGAACUUGGAAUGAGAGAAGAAUGGCUGUAUAUUUUGACUAAAGUAGAAGAUGAUACACUUUUGUGGCAUGCUUUGGACCCUUUGUCGAGAAAAUGGCAGAGAUUGCCUCCACUCCCGCAUGUUGUUCGUGAAGAUGAAUCUAGGAAGGGUUCAUCUGGGCUUUGGACGUGGAACGUGGUUGGGCCAAGCAUUAAAAUUGCUGAAAUUGUAAAGGGAUGGCUUGGUUUGAAGGAUAAGUUGGAUCAAAUGCCAUUUUGUGGUUGUGCCAUUGGUGACGUUGAUGGAUGCCUCUAUGUGCUAGGUGGAUUCUCUAGAACCUCAACCAUGAGAUCUGUGUGGCGAUUUGAUCCAAUUUUAAAUUCAUGGAGUGAAGUGACUUCCAUGUCUAUAGGUAGGGCCUAUUGUAAGACAGGCAUUUUAAAUGAUAAGCUCUAUGUUGUUGGAGGGGUUAGUCGUGGCCGAGCAGGAUUGACUCCUCUUCAGUCUGCUGAGGUUUUUGAUCCCUGCACUGAUACAUGGUCUCAAGUUCCAAGCAUGCCAUUCUCAAGAGCUCAAGUGCUACCCAAUGCUUUCUUUGCUGACAUGCUAAAGCCUAUUGCCACUGGGAUGACUUCGUACAUGGGAAGAUUAUGUGUGCCUCAAAGCUUAUACUCAUGGCCCUUUUUUGUCGAUGUUGGAGGUGAGAUUUAUGAUCCUGAUACAAAUUCAUGGGUUGAAAUGCCAAUCGGCAUGGCAGAGGGUUGGCCUGCACGACAGGCAGGUACAAAAUUGAGCGUUGUAGUAGAUGGUGAAUUAUAUGCAUUUGAUCCUUCUAGUUCUUUGGAGAGUGGUCAGAUUAAGGUAUAUGAUCAAAAGGAAGAUGCUUGGAAAGUUGUAAUAGGAGAAGUCCCUAUAUCUAAUUUCACAGAUUCUGAAUCUCCAUAUUUACUUGCGGGAUUUCAUGGAAAGCUUCAUGUUAUCACAAAAGAUGCCAAUCAUAAGAUUGCUGUUUUGCGCGCUGACCUGCGUGAUAAUUUGGGUUGCUUGCCAUCAAGCUCAGCUUCUCUUUCAGAUGGCUUGUUAUGUGAACAUUCUGAUUCACUGGUAGUAUCAGACACUGUUGUUUGGAAGGUCAUCUCCAGUAGGGAUUUUGGGUCUGCUGAACUUGUCAGUUGUCAAGUUCUUGAUGUAUAGUGGCAUGUCAAGCAUUGUGGCAGAAGGUCUUAUUGUAGUGUGGAUCUUCAGGAUUUGAUACGAGCUCUAUAGGUGGAAAGACUUCUGAUAAUUUUUCAAGUUGGGUACCGGCACAGUCAAGUAUGUAAUAAUGUGUUCUUUUAUACAUUCAAUUGUAUCAUGAUGGGAUAGCUGCUUACAUGAUUGCAAAUUAAAGUUAUUAUGUCCAGAGACUAUUAGAGAGCGCUUCCAAUGUUCUUGUGUGUCACAUUGCCUCCUCAGCAUCUUUAGAUUUAGUGAUUUCCGUAUUCAAAUUACAUGCGGUUGAUUUUCAGAUCUGGUAAGUUGGUUCCUUGGUAGUUUAAAGAUGAAUAAUAUGGCCUAAAAAUUGGUCUAAAUUUGAACAGAUGUAAAACCUUGAUUUCAUAAUUGGAGGUUUAUAAUGUUAAUAUUUGUUUUCUAUUGAAAACAUUUGUGUAAUGUAUAAAUGUGAAGAACUAUACCAAAAGUGCAAACCAAAUAAAAUAAACAACCCGUUUUACUUGCUCAGUU